GGCGGAAGUGAGGAUGUUGUUGGCGGAAGGAUAGCACACAGAGCUAACAGAGGAGCUAACAGAACCUACCGGGUCUAACCGGGCUAACCGGGUUUACCGGGAUAGUCUGACGCUUUUGUGAUGGCCGCUGACAUCGCUCCAGCGACGCUGUGGUACUAAUCACUGAUGAUGUCCCAGCCUUCUCAGCAGACAGAAGUCAGGCGUCCAGCCCCACACGACAUGUGUCCACUUCAGCCCAAGAGUCUGAAGAUGGACAGGAGGACCGGGACACAGACAAGACCUUUCGCGGUGAGGAUGCCACAUCUGGGCAGGACCGCAGGUGUUGAGCCAUUCACCAAGGAGAUAAGUGAGUCCAGUGAUGAUGAACUGGGCAGACUGGACAUUGACCUGGACAGGAAGUCCAGAGAACACAACCUGACCAGAGGGAAUGUUCGUGCCAUCCUGCAUGAGGUCAUCACCCAUGAACAUGUUGUAGCCAUGAUGAAAACUGCGAUCAGAGAAACUCAAGAUCUGCCUUUGUUUGAACAAAAAAUGACUCGCUCCAGACUCAGAAAAGUUGUCCAGGAAGAACAGCCGUUGAACUUUGGGGAGUUAACAUUUAUCACAGAAAAGCCUCCCCAGUUUGUGGACAUUGAACUUGAAGAUGAAGAAGACUCAUCAGAUGAGGAGUACUGUCCUGAUGAUGAAGAGUACGAGGAGGAGGAAGAGGAUGAAGACAUAGCAGAGGAGAGGUCACCAGGUCACAUGAGCUCCCCCUGUCCUCCUGCUGAGCGCUCCUUCUUAGAAAGGCUGGAUGCUGUGGAGGCAGAGAUGGACUGUGGUUCCGCCUACUCCUUCAAUCAGUCUAUGGACAGGGACGCUGAUGAAGAUGAGGAGGACGAUGAGAGUGGCGGGAGUGACAGCCUGGCAUUCCGCACACGAUCCAAACUCCAUCUGGUCAACGUUCCUCUGGACAAGCUGGAGGCAGAGCUUCUGGCCCCUGACAUCACUGCUGACAUGUACGAGCAGCAGGAGGAAGACCGUCACUGGACCAAGUGGCUGCAGGGUCUCAUGGCACCUGAUAACGAAGAGGAAGCUGAGGACGACGACGACCCUGAGUACAACUUCCUGGAAGACCUGGAUGAGCCGGACCUGGAGGAUUACAGGACAGACCGCGCUGUCCAGAUCACCACGAGGGAAGUGAACGAGCUGCUGGACGAGCUGUUUGACACUCUGCAGGAGGAAAAGGUGGCAGUGAGAGGAGAGGAGCAGCAGGAGGAGCAGCAGGAGACAGAGGAAGAGGAGCAUGAAAAAGAGGAGGAACACGAGGAAGAAGAGGUUUCAUCACAGACCGUACCUAAAUUCAACGUACCCCAGGCUCUACACUUUGAAGCACCAUUAGCAGGGAUGCUGAGUGAGCGUCGACGCACUUUCAAGAAGCGUUUUGAAGCCCUGCAGAACAGGAGGGCACUGCAGGACACGACCAAUAAUCACCAGGGGGACAGGAACCUGAAGGACAAACGCAACCCACAGCACAGCUCCUCUACACCUAUCGUGGUGAGCCAGAGCCCAGUGUGCACCACCCUCUACCUGAACAUCAACCAGAAACUGCAGCUGCAGCAGCAAAUGCAACAGCAUGUGCAGCUGCUAACACAGGUUCACCUGCUGAGUCGCUACGUCAGUGCCCUGUGCAACGAGGCCCACAUCACUAAACAGUACCUGGAGGAGUUGCGUCAAUUUGCGGUUCUUCGGGAGGAAAUGUUUCGUCCCAGCAGUUUCAGAACGUGUAACCUCCAGGGGUCGAUGUCGCUGCUGCAGUCGGUGGACCAGAGGUCAGAGCAGAAGGCGGGGCCUCCUGCAGCUCCUGCCCCCUUCAGACGCUGGCUCCCGUCCAUGACAGCCACUUCCAAGAGUCUGGCCUUCCCUUUGCUUCCUGCUAACCUGGCCUGGAUCUUUGCCACCAGCCCUGUCUUCCUCUACCCAGAACUGCUCCCUGUGUGCAGCCUGGACCCUGCCGUCCACAGUCAGCACCACAGGAGCAUCUACACUGCAGGAGAGGACGGGCUGAUCGUUCUGGGUCUGAAGCACUUUGAGAGGGCGGUGCAGCCAGAUCAGCUGAUCAGCUCCUACCUGCUGUGCAAGGACCGAUGGAGCGUCAGGAAGCACGUCAGGGAGAUGAGCAGCAGGAAGGCUCCGGCCAGCAGCGUUAUCAAGAUGUUUCUGUCAAACGGCGUCGUUCCACCAUUGCCUUUGGCCUGUGACAGAAUUGACAGUAGAGACCAGCGCGCCCCAGUGGACAGAAAUGUGCCUAACAUGCCCAACUGGCUGAAGAACAGUCAACCCAUCAUCCAGAAAACUCGACAGGGCUCCGCACCCUACCCUCCCUCCCUCCCUGCAGGCUGCAACCUCAGGCUCCACCCCUCUUACAAGACAUGUCGCCAAACACGUCCCAAGCAGAAACGCCUGUUCACGCUCGCCCAUAAUGCAACUCUGCUGCCGCUAGCCAAAGCCCCAGCAGACGGGAAGGAGGACGUUCAGGUGGAGAGACAGGUUGACAUGGACUCAGAAGGUCUUCUGGUGCCCCCUCCCUCCGUCUUUUGUCCCUCCCCCCUGGUUGAUGACAUCACUCAGACUUUUCCCAGACAACAGCAGCCCCACCUGUUGCUUCCCCUCCCUGAACUCACAGCUCCCCUCACGCCUUGCCCUGCCACCACCACAAAUCCCGGCUACCUGCUUCUCCAGGUGGUGACCCCCCCCGCUAUAUCUACUGCCCAAUCCCAGCAUGCUUUGGGGCCAGACUUUUCCAGACCCAUCCCUGACAUACCCCCCUGCCCCAGGAGAAAGGAAAACAAACAGGACAAUCGUCAGACUGUCGUCGGUGUGGCCACCUUACAGGGUGAGGAGGGAGGAGACAGCCCACAGGAAGGGGGCAGAAAGGAGGUGGAGGAAGGAGGGGUGGAGAGGGGAGAGGCAAAAGAGGAUGUCAGGGGGGAAAGUAGGAAGAAAGAGGAAGGAGAGGGGGAGAUAGGAGGGGAGAGAGGGGAAGAAGGAGAAGGUGAGGGAGGACAGACGGGGAAUGAAAGAAGUGGAGUGGAUAUUGAUGAGCAGGAGGAUGGGGGAGAAAGUGAGAAGGAGGAGGAAGGAGGAGGAUACAGAGAGAAAGAGGACGGAGAAGGAGAAAGAAGGGGGGACAGUGUGGGUGAGGGCGGAGAGGACGGGAGAGAAGAAAGUGGGGAAAACCAGGACAGAGGGGGGGAUAAGAGGGAGGACGAAGAGGAGAAAGGAGAGAGGGGUGAGGAGGAAGAGGAGGGAGAGAAGGACAAGGAAGACGAUCAGGGGGAGGAGGAGGAGGAAGAAGAGGAGGAGGAAGACUUUGACGACCUCACUCAAGAUGAAGACGAGGAGGAAGUGAUGUCAUCAGCAUCAGAGGAAUCCAUGCUGUCUGUUCCUGAGUUACAGGAAACACUGAAGCAGCUGACCUGGCUGGCCUCCGAACGACGACUCGGUGCAGAAGGAGACUCCGAGGAGGAACAUUCUCAAACCUCCCCUGGUUCUCAGGAAGAGGAAGACGAGGAGGAGGAAGAAGAGGGACCAAAGGGGGAGGGGCUAGUAGAGGGGAGGUCUGAUAAGAUGGGAGAAGAAGAGGAGAUGCCUUCAGAAGAAGGGACGCCGAGAGGAGGGGGAGGAGGAGUGAGGUGUCCAGGCCGUGGUCGAGGCCGUGGUCGAGGUCAGCCGGAGGUCAGCCUGCGGCGCAGCCGUCAGGAGCGUCGCAGCAAAGACACGGCCAAACUGCUGCUGCUGUUCGACGACAACAUCCUAGACAAUGACCCGCAACGAGAGAGCAAAGACGCAGCCUUCGCUCACAGUUACCUGAGUAGGGUGCGUGAGGCGCUGCAGGAAACGCCGGAGCAGGUGGAGGAAUUUGUGGCUCUCCUGAAGGAGUUUGAACAUGUGGAUGACGGAGAGGAGGUGGUGCUAAUGUUCAGGAAGCUGCGCUGCAUCCUGGGAGAGCGGACCGACCUUCUCCGUGACUUUGCAGCGUUCCUGCACCCCGAGCAGGCGCUGCAGUGUGGGCUGUUGGAGGAGCAGCAGGCCUUCGAACGAAGUCGGCGUUUCUUGCGACAGUUGGAGAUCAGCUUUGGAGAUAAUCCAUCCCAUUAUCAAAAAAUCAUCAAAGCUCUUCAGACCAGUCCAGAGCUCAGUCCCAGCAGCAUCCACGAGCUGAAGUCUCAGAUGGCAACACUGCUUAAAGGCCACACCCAUCUCCAGACAGAAUUUGGGGUGUUUUUGGAUGACCUCCGCCCACCCGCUGCUUGUCAGGAACAGUUUGAAGAAGCUCAUUGGCCAGAGGAGGGAGGGGCUGGGUCGGAUGUCGAUGCCAUCAGUCAGAUUAUUGGAGGUGGGUCUGGUGGAGGCUUCGAGGAGGUGACACUCCCAGACCUGGAAGACGAAGAGGAGGGCCCAAAAAUCCAACCUGUGCCGAGUCGACGCCAGAGGCGGAAGAUGGACGUGCGGAGGAGCAACAAGCAGGACUGUGAUUGGUUAGACUGCUCUGGUCUGGAGUCGAAGAUUCGCAGACACAGGAGGAAAGGAUGUUCUCACAAGACACCAGGGGGCAUGUCUAAAGCCUCGCACAUAAACUCCGCCCACAGAGAGCCAGGUGACAAGUAUCAGGAGCACAAAGACACAGAUGGCAGCAAUGCACUCUGGGAGGCCUCAGAACGCAUGCUUGAAGAAAAAGAGGAGGGACUGGAUGAUGAGGAAGAGGAGGAGGAAGAAGAUGAGGAGGAGAGAAGGACAGCGCCUGCAGUGAAGAGGAGCAGGAGGGAGGAGGCACCGCAGCCCUGUGUCUCCCCCACGUCCUCACCCUCAGACCCCACACUCACCUAUGUGAAUCCAGCAGCUUCACCUGUAAACCCCGCCCCUUCUUCUGUCCAUCAUGUGUCCCCAACAAGUUGUGUCUCCCCACCAGUGAACUCCUCCUCAUCUUCCAUGAACCCCAGCCCAUCCAUUUCUCAGCCGAUCUCAGUAGAGCCCACUCCUACCCCUGUUGACCCUGGCUCUGACAGCUCCUCCUCUGCUCCUCCUGACACCUCAGUCUGUGCAAAGAACAUUUCACUAACGGCGAGUGGAGAGAAAGUGAUACUGUGGACCAGAGAAGCUGACCGCGUUAUCCUGACCACAUGUCAGCAAGAAGGAGCCAAUCAGAAUACAUUUCAGUCAGUCUCUAAUCUGCUUGGCAACAAGACACCCAGUGAGGUGUCUCAAAGGUUUCGCGAUCUGAUGCUUUUGUUCCGAUCUUCGGCCCGACAGACCAGCUGUGAGGACGAGGCUCCGCCCACGGAGCCAUGAAGCAGCCAAAGAGGAGGCAGAAGCCCGACGUGAACUAGUCGGGUCACAGAUCAAAGUGUAAAAAGUUCUCUGUAAAAAGUGUAAAUAUAAAAACAUUUUUAUAAAAUAAAAAGGUUGAUAUGAGUAAAACAAGAGUUUGGAUCUAAAUCAGAACAACUUGAUUCAGUCCUGUUCACUUCAUUUUUAUUAAAAAACUUCAUUUCACAUUAUCAAAGUAUACAUUUCUUUUUUAGACUUUUGUAAAAACUAUAGUAAAACUAAAUACUACACAAAUAUAGAUUUGUGAUGUUGCUCGGAUGCUAUAACAUUUAGACGUUGCUUGAGAAACAGACAUUUGAAAAAGUUCAUCUUAAAGUGUGAUCUAAAAAAAA